AUGGUUCGAAUCCCAAUCCCAAAACGCCUCAAAACUUACACCUCCAAAUCUGCUUCGCGGACUCCCAGCCCAACUGCAAACUCCAACAACUCCAACAAUACCCAUAAUAAUAACAAUAUGAAAAACAAAACUAUGGCAAGGGAUUCAAGUCCGGAUGGGAAUGGUGUCAAAGCCAAUGGUUUGAUAUUGAAAGUGGUGGUUCUUAAGGCUAGAAAUUUGGCUGCAAAGGAUAAGAGCGGGACCUCUGAUCCUUAUCUAGUACUCACUCUCGGAGAUGAAAAGAGCACGACUCAUACGAUACAGAAAACUUUGAAUCCAGAAUGGAAUGUGAUUUUACAAUUACCCGUCACCGGCCCAAACUCUCUACUUCUUGAUUGCGUUUGUUGGGAUAAGGAUAGAUUUGGGAAGGAUUACCUGGGCGAAUUCGACCUUGCACUAGAAGAUAUAUUCUCCAACGAUUCUCACGAACAAGAACCGGCAUGGUACCCUCUGCGGAGCAAAAGACCUGGUGGAAAGAAGGAUAGUAAUGUUUCCGGCGAUGUCAUGCUUCAAUUCACUUUAUUCGAUAGCACGAAUCAUUCUGCAACCUCUGCCCAGAUUCUAGAGAAAUUCAGGAGUUUGGUAGGAGUGGAGAGUCCCGGCAUGGCGACACCUUUACCAGAACCAGACCCAGGCACCCCCGGCACGGAAAUAACAGAGGAUGAUUAUUUCAAUGAGGGCACCGAGCCCAGCGACGAAACCGAUGAUCCAUCCAAACCAGAGAAUGUCGAAAAACGACGAAAGAGGCUGCGACUUAGGGGAUUGAGGAAGAAGAAACAUUUGAAUGCAUAUGAGUUCUCCGGUGACAGCGAUGUUGUUGGAAUUGUGUUCUUGGAAAUCGGCAAGGUUACAGAUCUUCCUCCGGAACGAAAUAUGACAAGAACAUCAUUCGAUAUGGAUCCUUUUGUCGUUGCAUCUUUGGGAAAGAAAACAUACAGAACAAGGGUUAUUCGACACAAUUUGAAUCCAGUCUUCAAUGAGAAGAUGAUCUUCCAGGUUCUCAGGCAUGAGCAAACAUAUUCUCUUGCGUUCACAGUUAUCGAUAGAGACAAGUUAUCUGGGAAUGACUUUAUUGCUUCGGCCGUUUUACCAGUUAAGGAUAUUACCGACACUGCUCCAGAAGCCGAUCCGGAAACCGGUCUUUAUGCCGUGAGAGAUCCUCCUGUUGUGAGUAAUUUAGCGGCACAACAACCUCAUGCCAAGGGUUCCCGUUUUAAAUUACCAAUGUCGAGAUCUACGUCCUCACAAAGUCUAAACAAGUUGGGACGUCCAAUUUUGAAGAAGGAAACAUCAAAUCAGAGUACAAGUAAUGGGGCUGUGUCCGCUUUACGUCAGCAAUUCUGGAGAGCCAUGCUCAAACAAUACGAUAGUGACGAGAGUGGUUCUAUCAGUAAGGUGGAGCUCACAACUAUGUUGGAUACCCUCGGCUCGACCUUGAAAGAGUCCACUAUUGAUGGUUUCUUCAAGCGCUUCCAGUCGCCAAAUGCGGAUGGACAGUGGUCAGAGUUGACGGUUGAUCAAGCUGUUAUUUGCUUAGAGGAUCAAUUACAGCAAAAGCAGUCGCCGAAGGAGAGUCACCUCGUAGAUAAGAUGAAGAAUUUGAUGCCCGAUACUCCAGCAGUCAUACAAGUUACACCUGAUCCUUCAGAUACCACAUUAAAUCAAUCCCAAUCGGAGUAUUCUGAUACUCAAUUUCCAUCAACAAAUUCUGUCGAUCAGAUAGGCACUCCUGGAGAAGAGGGAGAAAUGUUAGACUCAGAUGAUCUCAACAAUGAGUCUGAGGAGCACGUGGUUGAGAUUAGAGAAUGUCCCAUUUGUCAUCAACCUCGUCUUAACAAACGUUCUGAUGCUGAUAUCAUUACUCAUAUUGCUACCUGCGCUAGUCAAGAUUGGCGUCAAGUCGAUAAUCUUGUCAUGGCUGGAUUCGUCACAUCUAGUCAAGCUCAGCGUAAAUGGUACUCUAAGGUCAUCACAAAGAUCUCUUAUGGUGGUUACAAACUUGGCGCAAAUUCUGCCAAUAUUCUUGUUCAAGAUCGUAUCACUGGACAAAUUAAUGAAGAGAGAAUGAGUGUUUAUGUUCGUUUGGGAAUUAGACUGCUAUAUAAAGGAUUAAAAUCUAAGGAGAUGGAAAAGAAGAGAAUUCGCAAGCUUCUUAAAGGCUUGAGUAUCAAACAGGGUAUCAAGUAUGAUGAUCCUGCUUCAGCAGCGGAAAUUCAAAAGUUCAUUAAUUUCCAUCGAUUGGAUAUGAGUGAAGUUUUGCUUCCAUUGGAGCAAUUUCAGAGUUUUAAUGAAUUCUUUUAUCGUCAACUCAAACCAGGUGCACGACCAUGUUCGGCACCAGAUAAUCCUCGCAUCAUUGUUUCACCUGCUGAUUGUAGAUCAGUCGUCUUCAAUAGAAUGGAUGAAGCUACCAAGAUUUGGGUUAAAGGUCGCGAAUUUUCCAUUGAUAGACUUCUCGGCAAUGCAUAUCCAGAAGAUGCAAAACGAUAUACGAAUGGUUCUUUAGGUGUCUUUCGUCUUGCCCCGCAAGAUUAUCAUCGUUUCCAUAUUCCAGUUGAUGGUGUUAUGGGUACUCCAAAAACCAUUGAAGGAGAAUAUUAUACUGUCAAUCCUAUGGCUAUUCGAUCUGCACUUGAUGUGUAUGGAGAGAAUGUUCGUGUUGUCAUUCCUAUUGAUUCUUUAGAACAUGGAAGAGUCAUGGUUAUUUGUGUAGGUGCCAUGAUGGUUGGAAGUACAGUUAUCACUCGUAAAGCCGGCGAAAAUGUUAAACGUGCUGAAGAACUCGGAUACUUCAAAUUUGGUGGUAGUACUAUUCUACUCUUGUUUGAAGAAGGUGCUAUGAGAUAUGAUGAUGAUUUGGUGGGAAAUUCUAGUCAAGCAUUGGAGACUUUGAUUCGUGUUGGUAUGUCAAUUGGUCAUCAUCCAACUCAAGGUCAACAUACACCAGAUAUGCGUAAGAAUGAAGAAGAUAUUACGGAAUCUGAAAAGGCAGAGGCAAAGAGGAGAAUUGAGGGUAGUAUUUCGACUCAAGGUGGGCAUAUACCACCAAAGGCUAGUUUGGCGGGGUAA